CGUUGUGUGCCCAUGCACAUGCGUUGUGUGCCCAUGCACAUGCAUUGUGUGCCCAUGCACAUGCGUUGUGUGCCCAUGCACAUGCGUUGUGUGCCCAUGCACAUGCGUUGUGUGCCCAUGCACAUGCGUUGUGUGCCCAUGCACAUGCGUUGUGUGCCCAUGCACAUGCGUUGUGCGCCCAUGCACAUGCGUUGUGUGCUCAUGCACCUGCGUUGUGCGCCCAUUCACAUGCGUUGUGUGCCCAUGCACAUGCGUUGUGCGCCCAUUCACAUGCGUUGUGUGCCCAUGCACAUGCGUUGUGUGCCCAUGCACAUGCGUUGUGUGCCCAUGCACAUGCGUUGUGUGCCCAUGCACAUGCGUUGUGUGCCCAUGCACAUGCGUUGUGCGCCCAUGCACAUGCGUUGUGUGCUCAUGCACAUGCGUUGUGCGCCCAUUCACAUGCGUUGUGUGCCCAUGCACAUGCGUUGUGCGCCCAUUCACAUGCGUUGUGUGCCCAUGCACAUGCGUUGUGUGCCCAUGCACAUGCGUUGUGUGCCCAUGCACAUGCGUUGUGUGCCCAUGCACAUGCGUUGUGCGCCCAUGCACAUGCGUUGUGUGCUCAUGCACAUGCGUUGUGUGCCCAUGCACAUGCGUUGUGCGCCAUUCACAUGCGUUGUGUGCCCAUGCACAUGCGUUGUGUGCCCAUGCACAUGCGUUGUGCGCCCAUUCACAUGCGUUGUGUGCCCAUGCACAUGCGUUGUGUGCCCAUGCACAUGCGUUGUGUGCCCAUGCACAUGCGUUGUGUGCCCAUGCACAUGCGUUGUGUGCCCAUGCACAUGCGUUGUGUGCCCAUGCACAUGCGUUGUGCGCCCAUGCACAUGCGUUGUGUGCUCAUGCACAUGCGUUGUGUGCCCAUUCACAUGCGUUGUGUGCCCAUGCACAUGCGUUGUGCGCCCAUUCACAUGCGUUGUGUGCCCAUGCACAUGCGUUGUGUGCCCAUGCACAUGCGUUGUGUGCCCAUGCACAUGCGUUGUGUGCCCAUGCACAUGCGUUGUGCGCCCAUGCACAUGCGUUGUGUGCUCAUGCACAUGCGUUGUGUGCCCAUGCACAUGCGUUGUGCGCCCAUUCACAUGCGUUGUGUGCCCAUGCACAUGCGUUGUGUGCCCAUGCACAUGCGUUGUGUGCCCAUGCACAUGCGUUCCGCGGCAAGCUCACUGAGAUGAUGCACGCCGCUGGCAUGGGCGCACUCAAGAAACUCAACAGGGACGCGUCGCUGUCGCUGGUGGAGCGCACCAUAGCGCAGCCGCCCGUGCCGCCGCGCCGCGCCGCCUCCCCCUCCAACCUCUCCGCCGACCUCUCCGCUUUCGCACAGCGGGGCGCCAAGGAAGGCACAAAGGCAGAGCAGGCGCAGGCAGCAGGGGAGCAGGAGGCUCGGCAGUGGCAGCGCGGGAGCAGCAGGAGCGCGAGCUGCAGGCAAUGCUGGCUGCGGACGAGGAGGCUGAGGGCGCCUUCGGCCCACGGCGCAGGGGACAGGGAGGCGGCAGGUGGUAGCAGCAGCGAGGAGGAGGGCUACGGGCCGAGUGGAGGGGCUGCAGGUGUGCGUGCUGCUGCUCCUGCUGCUGUGGCGGCAUCAGCCGGGGAUAAAAUAGCUCGGUGGGGGGUUGGAGGGAGAUAGGCUCUGGGAAGAGGGAGGAAGGCAAAGAUGCGCUAGGGCAAGUGGAGGAAAGUGAGAAGGACAGCGAUGCUCCAUGGUUGGAGUUGCCCCAAUAGCAGUGGCAGUGUGGCGAGGUAUACAGUGAUGCUCACUGCAUUCAUUCAUGCAUUGCUUGUCCCUGAAUGGGAGGUGGGAGCUCAUUGAUGUAACAGCCAGGGAGUAACAGCCAUUGGUAGAAAGUAAUAUUGGUAGUACCUCCAGUAACAGCCAGUAUUAACAAGUUGUAACACCAGAGUCAGUGUUACAGCCUUGUGAUACUUCAAGACUUGAACAAGGAUCUUUGCUGGAAUGGUAGACUAGUAAGACAGCGGAAGUCUUAGAACGUGUAAGUGUUUGUUAGAAUGAGAACUGAAUGAUGAGUAGAGAGAGAGUACAGGUGAAUAUACCUAAGUGUUGUACCCUCUAAGAGAUGGCCCUAUA